UGUAUCAAAGGCUAUUUCAGAUUAUUCUACUAUUUUCGAUUUUUCGGCUUUUGAUGGGCCCCCUGGAAACCGUUAAAAGCACCAGCAUACACAAACACUCACAGAAUGCAAAUGCAAUGAGUUGUGUCGGUGUUGGUAAACCUUAAACGCACUGAUGUAUGUUAAUGUUAUGUUUUCUGCUUAUGUUGCUCGAACACUCAACAAACGUACACACUCUCAUCAUCUUUUACAAACCUUAAUUCGAAGAUCAGUAACUCCCUACCAUGGUUUUCAAUCUUCAUCGAACCCCAUUACAACAUCCAUUUUCUUUCAGGCAUUUCGUCGAACACUUAGCAUUCAAUCCCAUUCAACAUACAAUUACACCCAUUUCAUUGCAAAUUUCCACCCACUGCCCCAGGUUCAAAGCCUCUGCAAAGCUACCAAAUCAGGCGUGAUUGAAUUACUUAAAUUAUUACGUAGUAAUGUUAAUCCAGAAAGCGGGGAGCCGUUUGACUUUCUUGAUGGUUCUGGAAUCAAACCGAAUAGAGAGUUGAUUGUUUCGUGCAUUUGGGAAUUAAGGGAAGAAUGGAAGUUGGGGUUUUUAGUGUUUAAAUGGGGUCAGAAAUGGAAAUGUGAUGAUCAAAAAGCUUGGAACUUGAUGAUAUGGGUGUUGGGGAACCAUAAAAAGUUUAGUAUUUCUUGGUCUUUGAUUAAAGAUUUGUACCAAUCUGAUAUGGAUACUCAACAACCUAUGUUCAUCAUGAUUGAUAGAUAUGCAUCUGCAAAUGAACCAACCGAGGCAAUUCGUGCAUUUCAGUUGAUGGAGAAGUUUAAAUUAAGUCCUGAUCAGAAGGCAUUCUAUACACUUCUAGAUAUCCUUUGUAAGCAUGGAAACGUGGAAGAGGCUGAAGAGUUCAUGUUUGUAAAUGCGAAGCUAUUCGCACUUGAAACCGAGGGAUUCAACAUCAUUCUUAGUGGAUGGUGUAAUAUAUUCACAGACAUAGUUGAAGCUAAGAGAAUAUGGAAAGAAAUGGACAAAUGCCAAGUAACCCCAGAUGAAGAUUCAUAUACCCACUUAAUUUCUUGCUUCUCGAAAGUUAACAAUCUCUUUGAUUCGCUCAGAUUGUACGGUGAAAUGAAGAGAAAAGGGUGGAAACCAAACAAGAUAGUUUAUAAUUCGUUGGUUUAUGUACUUGCGCACGAGAAUUGUCAUGAAGAAGCUCUCAGGAUUUUUGAUAAGAUGAAAGAGGUGGGUUUGAUUCCCGAUUCUAGUACUUACAAUUUUUUAAUUCGUCCAUUAUGUAAAGCAGGAAAACUUGAGGAUGCAAGAAGUAUACUAUCAAGAAUGUUGGAAGAAAACGUAAACCCUACUAUUGAUACAUAUCACGCGUUUCUUGAAGGACAAGAUUUGACUUUCAUAGAAAACUUGGAACUUCUUGAUCGAAUGAUGAAAUCUGGAAAUGGACCGAGCAGAAAAACUUUCUCUAUACUUCUUGGUAAGUUUUUGCAAGCAGACAAUGUUGAAAAUGCUUUAAAAUUUUGGGAGAAAAUGAAAGAAUGUGAAGUGCUACCGGAUUCUGCACAUUUUGUAAUGAUGGUGGAAGGGUUAAUGAGAAAUGGGCUAAUAGCCAAAGCCAGGGAACUACGUGCUGAGAUGAUAUCUAAUGGAAUUACAGAGGAUCCUAAACUUACAAAGCUGUUUCAGGAUUUGCCACAAGAUGAUGAAUAUAGGAAAACAAAGAAACAGGGAAUGAGAAAUGUGAAGAACGAUGACAGAGGUGUGUGCGUGCGGCGGGGGAAGAAAUGGUUUCGUGGUAAACAGACAAGAACAUAAGCCACAAUUGGAACUACUUCAAAGUCAGAUAAGUUUUCAUUUUAUCGAAGUCACAUAUAGGGUAUUAGGUGUAUAAAUGUUGCAUGUACCUCUUUUUACUUCUAUAAUCUAGCAUGACAAAACCAGUUAAGGUCUUUUUCCACCAGAUUAAUCGUAAUCCGUAUUUUUGUAAA